UGCAACGCUUCCCAGAUUAGGUGGCAUAAUUCUAGUUCUAAGACAUUGUUAUUUGUUCAGUAUAAGUAGGAAUAUUUUUAUUAAAUUGGACUAGUAGUAUUUUUUUUUUUUUUUCCAUUUUUCCUUUCUUAGUAAGCAGAGGUGCCAACUGCCCUGUGCUGGUUUAAGAAAGUCGUCCCUCCGGUCCAGUAUAUACAUAUACUGUGUCUAUAUUAAGUAGCACCACUCUGAAUUCGAAGCAUGCGUUAUCUGAGACUGUGAUCAUAUGGCUUGCAAUAUGAACAGAGGGGUUUCUUCUUCUUCCUUUACUUCAAUUAGGUGGAGUUACGAUGUGUUCUUGAGUUUUAGAGGUGAAGAUACACGUAAUAAUUUUACUAGCCAUUUGUAUGCUGCUUUGUGCCAGAGGGGUUUUCACACCUUCAUAGAUGACCGUGAUCUUAGAAAAGGAGAAGAGAUUGGACCAACACUUGUCAAAGCAAUUCAGGAGUCAAGGGUUUCUGUCAUUAUAUUCUCCGAAAACUAUGCAUCCUCCAAAUGGUGCUUGAAUGAACUACUCAUCAUCCUUGAUUGUAAGGAAUCAAAGGGACAACUUGUUUGGCCCAUUUUUUACAAGGUGAAUCCUUCAGAUGUAAGAAAUCAGAGAGGCAGCUUUGCUGAGGCAAUGCAUCAACAUGAAGUGCAGUUCAACUUCAACAUGGACCGGGUACAGAGGUGGAGGACAGCUCUUACUCAUGCAGCUAGUCUGUCUGGAUGGCAUUUUCCGGAGGGGCAUGAAUCCAAGUUCAUCCAAAAUAUUGUGGAAGAGAUCUCAAUUCAAGUAUCAAAUUGGACAUACAUGAAACUUGCUAAGUAUCCUGUAGGACUGGAAUCUCGAGUCCGGGAUAUGCAUGAGCUUCUAUGUGUUGAGGAAAAUGAUGUUCGCAUGGUGGGAAUAUGGGGAAUUGGAGGAAUUGGUAAGACAACUGUUGCCAAAGCGGUAUAUGGGUCAAUUGCUCAUCGAUUUGAAGGUAGCUGUUUUUUGGAAAAUGUGAGAGAAAGGUCAUUAGUGCCACAUGAAGGCUUGGUUCAACUGCAAGAAACUCUUCUUUCCAAGAUUUUAAGGGGUGUAGGAGUGAAGCUGAGCAAUGUUGAUGAUCCUGCUUAUGAAAUAGAGAAAAGGCUUUGGAAUAAGAGGGUUCUUAUAGUUUUAGAUGAUGUGGAUCAUCUCAAGCAAUUAGAAAACUUAGCAGGAGGAUAUAAUUGGUUUGGUCCGGGUAGUAGAGUUAUGAUAACAACUAGAGAUAAACAUCUGUUAAUUGCUCAUGGAGUUAGUUUAACAUACAAGGUCAAGGAAUUAGAAUUCUGUGAAGCUUUUGAGCUUUUCAGUUGGAAUUCCUUCAAAAAAGACCUACCUAAGGAUGAUUAUGUGAAACUUGUUGAGCGUGCUGUCUAUUAUACCAAAGGCCUUCCAUUAGCUCUGACGGUUUUAGGUUCUCAUCUUUUUGGUAGAAGCAUAGAAGAGUGGCAAGAUGCAUUGGAUAGUUAUGAAAGAAUUCCCAACAAAAAAGUCCAAGAAAUACUUAAAAUAAGUUUCAAUGGAUUAGAAGAUCAUCAGAAGGAAGUUUUCCUUGACAUUGCUUGUUUUUUCAAAGGAGAAAAUAAAUUUUUUAUAAUGGAUGUCCUAAGAAGUUGUGACUUGUACCCAAUAAUAAGUAUUGCAGUGCUCAUAGAUAAGUCCCUCUUAGCGAUUGAUAAAGAUAAUCGGUUAUGUAUGCAUGACUUAAUCCAAGACAUGGGCAAGGAAAUAGUGCGUCAAGAAUCACCCACAGAACCGGGUGAACGCAGUAGAUUUUGGUUUCAUAAGGAUGUUGUACAUGUUCUAACAGAAGAAACAGGAACAAGUAAAGUUCGAGGCAUAAAGAUUGAAAUGCCCAAAAAAGAAGAGAUCCAUGUCGGUGCUGAAGCCUUGUUAAGAAUGAGGAAUCUCAGAUACUUCAUGAAUCGAAAUGCAAGCCUUGUUGGAAACAUUAGUUAUCUGCCCAACUCAUUAAGGUUCCUUCAUUGGUACAAUUAUCGUUUUGAAUCCCUACCAUCCAAUUUUAAUCCAAAGAAACUUGUUGCACUCAAUAUGCCUUCGAGCAACAUAUCACGUUUCGGACAGUCAAUCACGAAACUUGACAGGUUGAAAUCUAUGAACUUCGAGGGGUGUGAAAUGCUAAAAGAAAUCCCGGACUUCUCAGGAUUUCCAAAUUUAGAGAGGUUGUGUCUUAGAGAAUGUAGGAGUUUAGUAGGGAUUCAUGAUUCUGUUGGAAGCCUUGAUAAGCUUGUGAGUAUGUCUUUGAAAGAUUGCUCUAACCUUACAAGGUUUCCCACAAGACUUGGCAUGAAAUCACUGAAAAUUCUGAAUAUGAGUGGUUGCAAACUGCUGGAGACCUUCCCUGAAAUUGAGGCCGGAACCAUGGAACAUUUGCAGAACAUAUAUCUAGAGUGUUGCGAAAACCUUAAAACUCUUCCAAGCAGCAUCUAUCAGUUGAAACAUAUGCAGGAACUUGAGGUCAGAGGCUGUCCAAAACUUCUUAAAUUUCCAAUGUCAACGACAACAUCCACCAUGAAGCAGUAUUUACCUGAUGACAACAAUGAUGAAGACUGCUCCGUACCGGUGUUUCCUGAGCUGACGCUUUUUCGAGUCGGAGACUGCAACAUAUCAGAAUGUGAUUUCUUGAUUCCAUUUAGUUGCUUGUCCACCCUGACCUUUCUGGAUCUAUCAGGAAGCAGUUUUGUCAACCUUCCAACAUGUAUCAUCAAGUUUGUUAACUUGCAUGGACUCAUAUUACGCGAUUGUAAGAGGCUUCAAGAAAUUCCACAGCUUUCUCCAACCAUAACAGCAAUAAAUGCAGGUGGCUGCAAAUCAUUGGAAAGAUUUUCAAAAUUAUCUGAUAUUUUGGACCAUCCAAACUCAUUGGGUUGGCUUCAGUGGACCGACUUGUCUGAAUGCCACAAACUACUCUAUACUAUGGACUUGGAUGUGGAAAAGAUGGCAUCUAUCUUACUUAAUCAGCACCAUGAUCAGGGGAAGGAUUCAUACUUCGAGUUCGGUGUUGUACUUCCAGGAAAUAAGAUUCCAAAGUGGUUCAACUUUUGUAAGCAUCCAACUGAUCCUGAGAAUUGCGAGUUUUUUAUUAAACUUCCUCCAAAUUUCAGUGGAAAGAAUUCGAGAUUGGCUUUAUCGGCUGUGUUUGAAAGCACAGAUGGAACACUAACCUAUGAUUAUGAUGAUUAUGAAAAACACGGGUUUCAUGUCCUAGUCCGCAUUAAUGGUGCUUACAUAUAUGAUGUUCAUGAGCAUUUCCUUAUUCGUCCGGGGUCAAAUCAUGUGUGGCUGCAGUAUGUUUCGUUAUCUGAUAUGAGGCAUUGGGGGAGGCAGUGGAAUGAAGAGCAACUUUUGAGCAAGUGUGAAGUGAGAUUUGUUCCAUCUAAACCACUUUCCUUGAAAACUUGUGGAGUCCAACUAGUGUACCACCGGAACGAGUAUGACAACAAUGAUCAAAACUUGGCAGAUCUUCAAUUUUACAAGAGAAAUUACGAUGACUUGGAUCAUGAAGUUGUUCAAGUUCCAAGAUCACGUUUUGAUUGGUACCCUCAACAGAGAUUGCGCCUUGGAGCCUUGGGCAUUACACAAGUGGAGAUUGAUCAGGACGAAGAUAAAAGGAUAAUUGGUGAGCAUUUCCUUCAUUGGAUCUUCAAGAAAGUACCGACUCGAUUGAUCGCUCAUGCCAAGAUACUGAAUUUGUUUUAUGUUUUAGUAUGUUUCAGUUUGAUCUUUUGUUUGUUUGCCAUCAAAUAAUCCCCUCUCGGGAAAUUUCUAGGGAUAUGCAUGUUUGUGCUUCAAUUUUACCGUCUCGGUACGUGCGUAGGUUUAUAAUUUGUAAUAUAUAUUCAUGGAUUAAGCAGAGAUCAUC